AUGGCGCCAAUUGCCUCCCAAAAUUCAGUACACUUCGUUGCUCAGUAUCCCCUUCAAUGUGCCAAUGAAGUCUCAGUGACCGCACUUGAGUCGCCCUUCAAGCUGGGCCCAUUGGACGAGCUUGUGUAUCCGUUCGUCCCCAUCGAAUGUCUUUUUGUCUACCGCCACCCUGCUUCGAGUCUCAAAAAUAAGCUCCUUGAUAUCAAGCGAUUGCGACAGGCACUACCUUACCUCCUCAAUUACUAUCCGCAUCUGACCGGUCGCCUACAGAUCAACCCAGAGACACAUAGCCCCGAGAUAACUUGCAUCGGGAGAGGCGCUGAGCUGCGUGAAGCCACUUGCGACCUCCUGUUGGAUGAUCUCAUUCCCUCUGAUCGCGGGACUAAAUAUCUUCUGGUGACGGAUUUGCCGGACUGUGGCACCAUAUUGACGGCCCCAUUUGAUUCAUCGAUGGAGGGUGUGUGUCGGGACCCAGUCCUGGCCAUCCAGCAUACUCGAUUUGCCUGUGGAGGAGUGGUGCUUGGCAUUCGGCUGCAUCAUAUUCUGUGUGACGCCGGUGAAUUUUUCCAGCUAGUCCGUGGCAUGGCGGAGAUUUACCGGAACAUGUCAUCAUCAUCACACCCUACUCUGGCGUGUGCGCCUCUGACCCGAUCAUAUCUUUGGGACUUGAGUGUUCUGUCCCCAAGAGAAAAACAAGAGGCCCUUGACUAUAAGCCCACUGCAUACUAUGUUAAGCAACCGACCGAGAGCGCUAAUCUGGCCGCACCAGAGCAGGGAGCCCCGGCAGCGUCAAACACAGUAGAUUCUGAGAAGCCGAUCGAAACAGUACCGCCAAGGCAAUCUGAGAAAACACCCAUUAUCGGACGAGUCUUGCGGUUCUCUGGAAUUCAGCUCCUGGAGUUGAAGAAGCUGGCGACCGAUCCCAGUGGAAAGGGGUGGGUGACCAGCUUCGAAGCCCUGAGCGCAUACAUUUACCAGCUAGUUUACCGCGCACGACAUCAGCUGCUUGCGUCUCAGUGUGAGUCGCCUACCAAAGCGGCAGAAAAGAUCUUCCGCGGAUUUUUCGCCUCCAUCAACAUGCGCGACGGUGGUCGCCUGAACCUGGGCCCAAAUUAUUUCCCGAACGCUAUUUACCCUUGCUACGACAACUUAUCGCACGAGCUGCUGGCGGACGGUGAACUUUGGAUGGUUUCGAAAGCGCUGCAUGAUCUGAUCCGUGCCACUGAUGCGCAACAGAUGGAACAAACGACGCGAUGGAUUGCUGUGCAGCCUGACAAGGGCCACAUCGGCAUUAAUUUCACAUUUGCGGACGGUAGCUUUACCGUCAGCCAGUGGUCAGGUUUCAACAUGUACGAGGGUGUCAACUUUGACGUUGACGGAGAGGGCAACCCGGUCCCUCCUGUCCUUGUGACCCCCCCUCUCACGGAGGUAUCUCGCGUGGAUGCCCUAGCGAUGAUGUUGUCAACAGAUGAGGACUUGAAUCGGACGGCAAAAUCGGGUGGCGAAAUGCCAAAUGCUAUCAAUGUCAACCUCUUACUCAGCGCGCCGCUAUGGCCGAUCCUUGAUGAAGACGAAAACUUUCGGAAGCAUUAUCUCUAG